GACGCAAGAGGCGAGACUUAGGCAAAAGCUUGAAGCUUUAUUCCGAGUCUGUCACAAGAAACCCUAAAAGAAGGAACCAGAAGAAGAAGAUGAACCAGACGAACACAAAGUGAGAUAGCUUCAAUUUCGUCGAUCCUAUUCAAAUCAAUCCACCAACACCAACGAAAGGUUUACAAACAUUGUGCUCCUCAAUCUUUUGAUCGAGCAUCCAGAGACUUUGCAGGGUGUAUUCGUGACUCGUUUUUUCCUGCGAAAAUGGAUCCUGGGCGCUAUGGUCUUCAACAAGGAUGGGAUAAUAACAGCGCUUUGGAGGGUUAUGGUAGUAUUCACGAGCCAAACUUCCGGGUUGGUGGAGCAUAUGAUGAGCGGAGGUUUUUAGAUGAACGAUACACACGAGAUAACAGUUACCCAAGAGAUGCCUUUCACCCUGAUAAUAGGGAAGAUUAUCCACCACCAGCACCUUCAGCCUCUGGCAUUUGGUCUCAGUCAAGGAGGAGGAGUUAUGAAGAUGAAUACCCUAUUGACAGGGGUUCAAGACGAUAUGAAAAACCAUAUAAUGAGUCAUACCAUGAUUUGGAUGCUUUUAAUGAACAUGAAAUCGAUACAUACCAGGAUUUUGAUAGGUUUCGUGAUGAUUAUCGCAGUUUAAGUAAUGUCCAUGAUCAUGGAAUUGAUCGGCUAGAUCGUUUUGGGAGUCGUGAGCGUGAUGAUUAUUCAUAUGAUGAUUAUGACUACAAGUCUAAUGUGGCUCAUCAAAAGAGAGAUGACAGUUAUGAAAGGGACUAUGACUAUGGGCGGUAUCGUUAUGAUUCUGAUUAUGAUAGAGGUAGUAGAAGAGAGGGUAGUUGGAGGAGGCGGGAGUCACGUGAUCGGGAACGUGACAAGAGAUGCUCUAGUUGGGAUAGGGAUCCAAGUCCACACAGAAGGCAUGAUAGGUCCAAGUCUCGUGGGCGUGAUGGUCGUUCUAGAUCAAGGUCUCCUCGAGGUCGAAGUCAUGGACGAAAUUAUCGAGAAGAUAGUUAUGAAGAUAAUCGACAUGAAAGGUCUGAGAGGCGAAGAGAUCGGGAAGAGAAACGAGAGCGUGAACAUUAUUCAGUGGCUCCAUCUGCCACUGUAGUUGUGAAGGGUCUUUCCCAAAAGACAACUGAAGAAGAUCUCUACCAAAUCCUUGCUGAAUGGGGACCCCUUCGUCAUGUGCGUGUGAUCAAAGAGCGCAAUUCUGGCAUUUCACGGGGUUUUGCAUUUAUUGAUUUUCCUUCAGUGGGAGCAGCACAAACAAUGAUGGACAAGAUUGGUGAUGAUGGUUUAGUUGUAGAUGGCAGGAAGCUUUUCUUUGAGUACAGUAGUAAGCCAACAGGAGGUGCAGGAGGAUCUUUUGCUGCAGAAAAUACUACGAGAUCAGGCCAUUUUAGCAAGAACAUUACAAUGCCAUCGGAUUGGAUGUGCACAAUCUGCGGCUGUGUAAAUUUUGCACGACGAACGUCUUGUUUUCAGUGUAAUGAGCCUCGAACUGAUGAUGCUCCACCGGCUGAUAUUAACAUGUCUAAUCAAUCAUCUUUAGGAAAGAAAGGUCAAGAGGCAGGUCCAACUCAUGUUUUGGUUGUUCGCGGAUUGGAUGAAAAUGCGGAUGAGGAAAUGCUUCGCUACGAGUUCUCUAAGCAUGCUCCAAUUAAGGAUCUUCGUUUGGUCAGAGACAAAUUCACUCAUGUUUCUAGAGGUUUUGCAUUUGUUCAUUUCCAUUCGGUGGAGGAUGCUACCAAAGCUCUUGAUGCCACAAAUGGGACAACCCUCGAAAAGAAUGGGCAAAUCUUGCGAGUAGCAUAUGCCAAGAGCAUUCUUGGUCCAGGAUCUGGACCGUCUGGAUCUUCGCAGUCAAGCAGCCUUGCAGCUGCUGCAAUUGAAGCUGCAACAUUUGCUCAGCAGUAUGAUGCUGUGGGAUGGGCACCAAAGGAAUACAACCCAGAUGACAGACAAUCCAAUGGUGGCCAGGAACAAGGAGGCAAGGGGGUGGCAAUUCAAAGUCAUGGUUCUGCUCCACAAUCCGGCUUUGUGUGGGAUGACGCAUCGGGUUACUAUUAUGAUGCUGCUUCUGGAUUCUACUACGAUGGAAAUACAGGCCUGUACUACGAUGGUAACAGGGGCCUUUGGUAUACAUAUGACCAUCAGAAGCAGCAAUACAUCCCCUGCACUGAUCAGAAUGAAAGCUCUGCUUCUGGAAAAGAGAGUGAGUUCUCCAAGACAGCAGAAGGGUCGAGUAAUAAAAAAGUAGUUAUUUCUGCACCAGCAGCUACCAUUACAUCAGUUGAGAAGGCUGCCUCAUUGCCAGAUGCUGUUCAGGCUGCAGCGACAGCUGCGAUAGCUGCCGAGAAGAGGGAGAAAGAAAAAGCCAAAGAGAUAAAACUUGCUUCAAAAAGUAGUAUAUUGGCUAAUAAAAAGAAGAUGAACAAUGUUUUGACAAUGUGGAAGCAACGGAGCCACGAAGGGCAGGCAACUCGCGUGGCACUUGAUGACAACCAAAGUUUAGCAUCAACCGAAGACAAGUCUUUCCCUGUUGGACAAUCCAUGAAGAAUAAGCUAAAAGCGGACGUUGCUCAAACCUCCAGGGAGAGCACUUCGUUCAACCUAGGAGCUGCUUCAAAUGCUGCUCUGGAAUCUCAGGUUAAGCCAAGACCUGUGAGUAACAGCUCUGGGGGGACAUUGAUGGGUGUUAUCAGAGGUUCUGGGAGGGGUAUCGUGAAAUCAGAUAGUUUGUAUUCAGCAUCCUCUAGUGUGGUCUCUUCUUCAACCACAAUAGAUGGUGGGUUCAAUUCAACUCCGUCGUUGACUGCUGAUACUUCCACUCCCUCUACUACAAGUUCGUUCAGAACAGAUGCUUCUGCUUUGGGUUCUUACACACCUCCUGUAACUUCGGCAAGUGGGAAGAGACGGUUUUCUGAAAUGCCACAAUCUUCUGCUUCUGCAAGUAGGGAACAGCCCCAGACCACCUACAGAGAUCGUGCAGCUGAAAGGAGGAGUUUAUAUGGCUCAUCAACAUUCAUUGGUGAUGAUCGGUCCAACCUUGAGUUUGGGGAUUUGAAUCGAGAUAUUUCAGUCAAAAAGGGUUCUCUGGAUGCAAUGCCUUUUCCUCCUGGUGUUGGUGGAGGACGUGUGAGUGGGGAUGCAAAUCUCAACACUUUUGAAGUGAUCACAGCAGAUAGAGCAAUUGAUGAAAAUAAUGUGGGCAACAGGAUGCUUCGUAACAUGGGCUGGCAUGAAGGCUCGGGUCUAGGUAAGGAUGGAAGCGGAAUGACAGAGCCAGUUCAGGCACAAGCAAUGGAUAGCAGAGCGGGACUCGGGAGUCAGCAGAAGAAGAUGGAUCCAAGCCUUGAGAUACAAGCCGGUGACAGCUAUAAAACGCUCAUUCAUAAGAAAGCACUUGCUCGGUUUCGGGAAAUGUCAUGAAGUGUUAUGUAAGUGAAGUUGGUAGGGAACUCAAAGUCAAACAAACAUACAAAACUUGUUUGAAAUUUGAGCUCUUACCAAUGUGUUUAGGGUUUAGAAACAACAAGUUUUGUUUCUGCAGGCAUUUGUUGAAUGUGUAGAUGGCCCCAUUCAUUUUUGAAUUAGCUCUCAUCUAAUGCAAAGUACUUAUUUUCAGAGUGAACACAUCAUAUGGUUAAAAGGAUUUUCUUAUUAUUUUUCAAAAAGAAAAGUCUCUGAGAUUGUAUA